GCAUCGCGGACUGCAACGUCAUUAAUCUGCGCAGUGCUGAGGUGGUGUUUGAAAGAAGGUCGUUUCAUAGAGCUUCCGUCAUGACGAAACUGAUGCAGUGGUUGCUCGGGGCGUCUCUGCUGGGGACAGUUUGGGCUUUGGUUACGUUUGACCUGUUGGAGCUGAGCCUCCCGCGGGUGUACCGGGAGAUCGCCUGGCCGAUGCCUCUCUACCUGCUGGUGACGUUCGGCUGCUACUCCCUGGCCACGGUGGGAUUCCGGGUGGCCACCUUCAACGACUGCGACGAGGCAGCUCGAGAGCUCCAGGAGCAGAUCACGGAAGCUAAAGAAGACCUCAGAAAAAAGGGCUUGAAGUUGUAGGACACAAAGACUCAACCCUGUAGAGACCGAGUAGUGAGGACAUGUGUUUCACAGCUGGAUGGAUGAAACUGAACCAUCUUCACUAAAAUGUGGAUAAGAAACUGUGUCACUUAUGUUGACGCAUCAUUUCCAGUUUAAUCCUGACAAAUCUAAUCCAGAGGCUCUUUGGGAUUUCCCACGUGCUUUGAGUCAAGCUGAUAUGUGUUUGCAUCGUGUGCAUCUGGAGAUGUAAUGCCCGUACCUGCAGAUGGAUCCAGAUUUAAUCUAUAAAGACGUUUACAUUCCUUUGUUCAAUGCCUUUGAGGUGUUUCAGAAAAAUUAAUUAAAUGGGAAUUUAUUUUCUAAA